CCGGCCCGCGCGGCCGCAGCCCCCGGAGGCGCCUCCGUCAUGGCCGGCGGGAGCCGCUCGGCCCGGGCCGCGGGGCCGCAGCUCUAGCCUGACCCCGCCGCCUCGCGCGGCCCCGGCCGGCCGCCAUGGAGAACGAGCAGCUCCCGGCGCCCCCGCAGCCGCCCUCCAGCAGCGCCGGCGGCACCGGCACGACGCCCAGCAGCACCGGCACCGGCCGCCCGCCCGCCCCCCAGAUCUCCGUCUACAGCGGCAUCCCUGACCGCCAGACCGUCCAGGUGAUCCAGCAGGCGCUGCACCGGCAGCCCAACACGGCGGCGCAGUACCUGCAGCAGAUGUACGCCGCGCAGCAGCAGCACCUGAUGCUGCAGACAGCCGCCCUGCAGCAGCAGCACCUCACCAGCGCCCAGCUCCAGAGCCUGGCCGCCGUGCAGCAGGCCAGCCUGGCGGCCAACAGGCAGAGCGGCUCCUCGGGCGCCAACGGCACCCAGGCGGCACCGGCGCAGCAGCCCACGAUCAACCUGGCGACGUCGCCGGCGGCCGCCCAGCUCCUGAACCGGGCGCAGAGCGUCGCCCCCGGCGCGUCGGGCAUCGCGCAGCAGGCCGUGCUGCUGGGCAACACCGCCUCGCCCACCCUCACCGCCAGCCAGGCCCAGAUGUACCUGCGGGCGCAGAUGCUCAUCUUCACGCCCACGGGCCCCGUGAGCGCCGUCCGGCCCGAGAGCCCCGCGCCCGCCCCGCCGCCAGCCCCGCCGCCCGCCCCGCCACCCGCCGCCCCCCAGGUGCACAGCCUGGCGCUGCGCCCCGCCGGCCCCCACCUCCCCGCCCUCGCCAUGAAGCCCCCCGGCUGCCCCCCCCGGGCCGGCCCCCCCCGGGUCCCCCUACCUGAGACCCCCGGCGACCACCUCAAAAAGGCCGAGGGCCCCGAGGCCCGCACCCACCCCCUGGCCCGCGCCGCCGCCCCCGCAGCCGCCCACCCGCUCGUCGCCCCAGCCUACGCCCCGCUGCAGCCGCCCCAGUUCCUGCAGCAGCCGCCGAAGCCGAUGCAGCAGCAGUUCGUCAUCCAGCAGCAGCAGCAGCAGCAGCAGCUGGCGCCCCGCGGGCAGCCCCCCCCGGGGCCGGCCGCCCCCCAGCUCCAGCCACUGCCCCCCGCCAGCCCCGGCCCGGUCCCCCCGCCCAAAGCAGGGGCCGGCCCGGGGGUCCCCCAUGGGGCGGGGGCCGAUGGCGCCGCCCCCAACGGGCACCCCGGCUGCCACGGGGCCCCCCGCAAGUUCCAGCACGCCUCCGCCGUCAUCCUGCAGCUGCAGCCCGCCGGUGCCACGCCCCCGCUCAGCGUCCCCGAGGGCGCCCGCCGGGACCCGCUGCCCGCCGAGAGGAGCGCCGAGAGCCCGCCCGCCGCCCCGCCGCAGCCCCCCGCCCUCUCGCCGCCCGCCGCCCCCCCGGGCCCCGAGGCCCCCCCGGGCGAGCGGCCCCCCGCUCACGAGCCGGGCGCCGACCGCGUUCAUGCGCAGCCCGACGCCAGCGCUCCCGGCAUGACCUCGGGGAACGGGAGCUCUGCCUCCACCGUCGCCGGCGCCGCCCCGCACAAUGGUGAGAACAAACCGCCCCAGGCCAUAGUGAAGCCCCAGAUCCUGACGCACGUUAUCGAGGGGUUCGUCAUCCAGGAGGGGGCAGAGCCGUUCCCGGUGGGGCGGUCCUCGCUGCUGGUGGGGAACCUGAAGAAGAAGUAUGCGCAGGAGCUGCUGGCCGAGAAACUCCCGCAGCAGGACAACACCACCACCACUGACUCGGAAAUGGAGGAGCCCUACAUGCAAGGUAGCGCCCGGCCCCCCGAGCCGAGCGCAACGGGGAGGGGGCGCCGGCUUCUCCCUCCCUCUCUCCCCUGUUCCCCGCCCGCGGCUGAGCUGGCUGCGUUUCUCUCUCUGGGUGUCCCUCCGCGCCCCCCAGAAUCCAAAGAGGAGGGGAACCCCCCGAAGCUGAAGUGCGAGCUCUGCGGCCGCGUCGACUUCGCCUACAAGUUCAAGCGCUCCAAGCGCUUCUGCUCCAUGGCCUGUGCCAAGAGGUACAAUGUGGGGUGCACAAAGCGCGUGGGCUUGUUCCACCCCGACCGCAGCAAGCUGCAGAAACCUGGUGGCCCCCCACACGGGCGCCGCCGCACCUGCAAGGUGCCCACCCUGAGCAAAGACACCAAGAAGCAGCUCAACCACAGCCAGGAGGACUCGAGCCGCUGCUCGGACAACUCGAGCUACGAGGAGCCGCUGUCCCCCAUCUCGGCCAGCUCGUCCACCUCGCGCCGGCGCCAGGGCGACCGCGACCUCGAGCUGCGCGACAUGGAGCUGCCUGACAUGCACAUGCGGGACCUGGCGGGCAUCGGGCACCGCUUCCUGCCCAGCGAGCCCAGCAAGUGGAAUGUGGAGGACGUCUACGAGUUCAUCCGCUCACUGCCAGGCUGCCAGGAGAUCGCGGAGGAGUUCAGGGCGCAGGAGAUCGACGGGCAGGCGCUGCUGCUGCUGAAGGAGGACCACCUCAUGAGCACCAUGAACAUCAAACUGGGCCCGGCCCUCAAGAUCUACGCCCGCAUCAGCAUGCUCAAGGACUCCUAGAGCCGGGGCCGCCGGCCCGCACGAACGCUCCUGGCGGGGUGGGGAGGGGGGACCCGUGCCCCCCCUUCAUCCCUGCCCCGCUUGGGGGGCUGCAGGGCGGGAUGGGGAGGGAGGGCAGGGGGGGAUCCACUUGCUGAGCACAAACAGCCUCGGGGCAGCCCCCCCUGCGCCCCGCAGCCAGGCCGAGGCGCAGCUCCGCUGCAGGGGUGUGUACAUAGCCCGUAGCGAUAGCUUCCCCUUGGGUGUGCCCCGUGGGGUGGCCCCUUCUCCGGCAGGGAGGGCCCCCGCGCCCCCCGGAACGGCAGGGCGAAGCAGGACGAUUGCCUUAACGUGUGGCCCUGCCAGGACCUGGCAGGGGGGCUGUAGCCCCCCGAGGGGCGUUUCGGGGUGCCUCGUGGAGAAGGCGUCGCCCCCACCCUGGGCUGUUUUGGGGGCACCUUAGUAGAGGACGGCGGCGGUGGGGGUUCAGCCCCCAAGGCAGGUAAGGACCCCCUAGCGCUCACCGCCGCUGCUGCUGGCCACCAGUCUUUCUAAGAAAAGAGGAAAAAAAAAGGAAAAACACAGAAACCACAACCCUUUUUUCCUGUUUUUGUUUUUAAUAAACACUGAAAAAAAAAAAACAACC